AUGGACGAAUCACCAGACCCCUGCCCUAAAUUCUGGGAUUUGCUCACUGAACAAGAUAAGAUGUCGUAUAAGUAUCUGAGGCAGACUCUUGCAUCACCGAGAUGCAAAAAUCGCCGAAAUAGAAGCGCAAAAACGUUUAAUGAUAUUUUGGAAGCAAUAAAGAAGUUUGUUGUUCGUGGAGAUGGCCGUGACCAUGACAGAGCCUUAGUAUGUGGGGUUUGCUGGCUCAGAAAUUCAAUUGCAAUUAAUACUCGUCAACUCAGAUUGAUCCUUUCCAAAUGCAAAUCUUCCAUCAAUGGUUCAUUCCAGACACUCGGAUACGGUACAAUUCCAAAUGGAACAGAAUCCUCCGCAGAAUUAAUAAAAUAUUUUCCCGAGUUUGAAGGUAAUUUCAAUGAGCUUCGCCAAUGGACUGUAAGGCAACUCAACAACCAGGUUGCAACACCGCCAAAACUUACAGAAAUUAUCACCCAAACCUACGCGCCAGCUACCAACUUGAUCCCGACUCCUUCAACGCAGUUCCCGCCAAUAGUCCCUCCUCAGCCAAUUCACCCAACGAGUCUUUUAAGUAACAACGAAAUUAUCAUCCAAUCAAAGGAGCCAACGAUUGUUACCGCAUCCCCAAGGCCCGCUUAA